GUUUUCUUCCGAACUUUGUUCUUAUUGAACUAAGCGACGUAAAUACGGCAGGCAGCAGAAAUUUUGAACAUUUCCUCAAUAUUUUAACUAAAUAUAGAAGAUAGAUAAAAUUUUCACCAGCAUGAUAAACUUAGAGCACCUCCUUCCACCACCUGCAAGUGGACAUGUGACAGCUUACGAAAAUGAUGGACGCCUUCGCGCAUUAGGAAAUAGUGAAGCUCUCAGCACUACUAGGAACUUGCUUGGUGGACAGUUUAUUGAAGUAACAGUUGGCCAGGAGCCAGUUAGAACAGCACAUAGUAAACAAGAGGCCCGGGAGGCUUUCUCAGCUCACACGGAGACUCCGUGGCAGCGGGUUAUGUUUGCAUAUUAUGAGGAGGGAUGGGAAGCUUCCCUAGAAGAGAUGAUCAAAGGCAAGGAUGAAGGUAGUCUCUAUCAGAUUGCUUCCACUGUGGCCUCUGUUAUUCUUAAAGUGUGUGGCAUCAUUACCAAAGCACAGGCACUCUUGUCAUCACCCAAGAGCAAUGGGAGCUCUCCAAUACCUCCCCUUGCCCUUUGUGGAUCAGGGGGUAGUGUUGUGAGUGUAGCUUGGCAUCCCCAUACUAACACCCUAGCUGCUGUUUUCUGUGAUGAUACGGUGAGAGUGUUUGCUGCUGGCCGCAGUAUCACGCCUCUUCUCAAGCAUCGCCUCCAGAAAUCCAUCAUGCAAAUUGCUUGGAUGCCGUAUUCAGCUUCGCUUCUGGCUGUUGGCUGUGAGUGUGGUGUAUUACUGUGGACACUGGACCCGGUGAAUGUUGUAACCCGACCAUCUGGCUCUUGUGUCUCACUCCUGGCCUACCCUAGUGCAACUCCAAUCAACUCUCUUACAUGGCAUCCUAAGGGCAACUUGCUAGCAUGCGUGGGAGGCAACAACAGCCAGCUGGUGGUGUGGGAUGUGGGACGUGAGGUACCGGUUGUGGUCCACAGUGGGACGGGUGGAAGCAUCUCUCUCAUACUCUGGUCUCCCAACAGUUCAAGACUUUUUGUUGCUUACUCCUCCAAGAUCAUGAGAGUAUUUGAAACUCGCAGUUGGACUUACGAACAGUGGAGUCUGGAAUCACCUGUUCAGUCUGCAGUUUGGUCAAGUUUGGGUCAUUUGCUGCUGUUUGUGACCCAAGAUGACCCAGUUCUUUACUACUUGGGUUUUAUACCUGGUGAGAGUGUUGGGGGAACACAGGUGGCUGCCCAAGUUGCUGACCUCACUCAAACUCUAGUUGCUGAUGAGAAUGGUGAGGAAAUCAGUGUUGGUGGAUUGGUAAGGCAGUUGACGUGGGACACGCGUAGUGAACGUUUGGCUAUUGUAUUCCGUGACACAGAAUGUGUGGUGCUCUUCCACACGCACACUCAUCCAACAUUACAUCUUGCUCCAGGUGGGUUCAUAAGAGGUGAACUUGGCCAUGUUCCUGUCAGUGUCAGCUUUCAAAAGAACUUGUCCAGUGGUGCUGUACUCUCUGUGGUGUGGAGCAGUGGUCAAGUACAGCACAUCCCAAUGCGUUACUCGUCACGAGAACCUCUCAAUUCAACCCUUAACACCAGCCAUUUCAAUACCUCUGUCAGAGUAGCACACAAUUCCUUACUUAAUUCCACUAUUCCUCUUAACUCUUCCAUGGGAUAUGCUGGAUCACCAAUUACUUCACCCCUUAUUGGUGGUUUGUUCACUUCACCCUGAUUAGCUUGUAAAGUUAUUGUUGAUCGUUACAGCCUCAUUUGAAAUAUCAAUGUCUUAUUUGUUUGUAAAAGUCUCAGCCUUAUGUUUCAAAAUGUUUUGAUAUACAGGUAUUGCAUGAUAUAAACUGAAUGAAAGCCACAGGAGCAAAUUCAAAAACACCACUUACAUUUAUUUUGAAAUAAUGAAUGAUACAGUAAUUUAAUUUUCUGUGGGGAGUUCUUUCGGCUCCUUGGAGCUAUUGGGCAAUAUAUUAUGCGAUAUACUGUAUUAGACUAGGGCAUUAGUCAAUGGAGUUCAGCCUACCGGGGACCACAAGCCAGAACCUGGCCCCCUCAGAGAGGCACAGGGAGCAAUGGCCCCUGGAAAACCCCCCAGUGGUUGGGGGGGGGCCUUUCCUAAUC